AUGUCUGAUUCAUUCGUGACCACGGAAGAGGAAAACUGGCGGCUUGAGCAACAAUCCAAGAUCAUCCGGUUCUACCAAGACGGCAAGCUGUUGCUGUGCCCUUUCGACUUGUCCCGUAGCAACCUCCGAAUUCUCGACAGCGCCUCAAGCGACGGUUAUUGGCUUUCUCAACUUCAAGCCAACCUCAAAGAUCCCGGAUCAUGUACCCUCAUCGGGACUGACAUCCAGGACCGUCACUUGAGGGCACUUCCUCCCGGAAUCAGCUUUCAAAUACAAGACAUUUUACAGCCCUGGCCUGAGUCUUGGAAAUCCAGCUUUGACCUUGUUCACCAGACCCUGGUGCUCACUGUCGCCGGCCCACGGCAGCGCGAGGCGGUCAAUGCCGUGCUUGAACUGGUGAAGCCUGGCGGCUGGGUCGAGCUCAUGGAGCCGGAUGGGGAAGCUGGUGACGACGACGGGCCCGCUCACCAGCAAUUCGUCGCCAUGAUGAACGAGAUCGGGGUCUGGCUCGGGGCACCGAAGGGAUUUUCGAAGGACCUCGAGGGAUACCUCCUAGAUGCCGGUUUCUUGGACGUCAAAACCGUAGUGCUACCCGGUGGCACCGGUCCCAAACUACCUGACUCGGGAAUGCGGGAAGCCAGCAUCCAGUCAGCCGUGAUAUCGGGGAAGAAUGUCAUUGCGACAGGAAAGCGUAAGACGCCUGCUUCCUACCCUCAAAGAAAUGCUGCUAACAGCAUCUCAACCCAGGGACACCAGGAGGUUUGA